UUCUUGGUAUUUGCUGUGAAAACAUGUGCGUCUCUGUGUCACAUGGUCAUGUGUUCGAACAUCAGACGGUAUGACAUCCACCACCCCAGCACAUCAUCUGGGUUUUGUCGAUGCUCCCUUCACUGGCUACAGCAGUGACCCGACCCGCCUCCACCUGUCCACUGCUGCCUUAAAUGGACUCUGUUUCCUUCCUGGGAGCUUCAGUUGGUAGAGGAGGGAAGUCGAGGAGGAGUAAAGAAGAGUCAGAGGAGGAGAAGAGCAUCUCUCCACCAACCUCAAUCCACAUCCUCAGCAGAGCGUGUGUUCUUUACGCGCAGUCUUUUGCCGUAAAUAUUAAGUCUAUUCCCGAUCUUCGAACCGUCCGAAUCGUGACUUGCUGCUGGAUGAUUGUUUUUGUGGUUGAUUUCAUUUUUCAUUUUUCAUUUUAUUUUAUAAAUGUUUUUCCUGGUUAUGAAUCUUGGGUAUGAUCUGCGGCUCCGUCUCUCCUGUGUCGUUUCCACUUCAUUAUGGGAACUGCAGGAUCCAAAACGAAGAACCUGAGGAGUGACGCGAUUUCUUCUGUGGCCGCAAAAGUUCGGGCAGCCAGAGCCUUCGGAGAUUACCUGUCCAGUACAAACACAGACAACAACAACGGAGCAGAUCAAUUGUUAUCUGACACAUUUUCUGGUCAGGACAUUGAAUCUCCAGACGUUAGCCGUUUGCACAACAACAAUCUGCCGCCUCAGAACCGACCUCUACCUGCAGAAAAGCCCACCGAGUCUUCUUGCCUCUGUGCUUCAGCUCAAGCUCAGGUUCUGGGCAUCGGCCUGCAGGUCUCAGCUGCUGUUGGUCCCGCCAAACAUCACCUCUCAGUGGAGCAUAGCCUCUCUGCAGAAAACCCACCUCUUACCAAGGGCCUGGAGGGAAGUGUUGCACUGAAGCCCCCCAGGGUUUACACAAUCUCCAGAGAAGGAGCGAUGACCCUGGGUGGACGUGGCAGUGAGGAGAGCCUGGAGCUGGAGGUGAUGAGGAGCUCAACCAGGGAGCAGACUCUCUCUCAGUCCAACACCAACGACCAUGUACAACCUUCUUGUACCAGCCAACCGUCCUCCUCAGCUGCUCGGGUCAGCCAUCAUCGUAGCAGCCACCACCGCAGCAGCAGCAGCAGUCACCACCACAGCCACCAGCACAGUGCAGGAACGAUGUCCACAUCGCAGCCGCUGCAGAGUUCAGGCAGCACCAACAGUGUACGAGAAUGGGGGGUGAGGAGGGGUGGGUCCAGGGAGGAUUACAUCCCAGACUGUGUAGCCUGCAUAAGGGUCCCCUGUCAAAGUCAACGCUCGCUGGACCUGGAACUGUCAGCGAGAAGUGGAGAAAAGCCAAAGAAAAAACUGGAGAGAAUGAGCAGUGAGGAGAGAGCACUGACGGACCAUGAUGAGACACCUAAUAACUGGUUUCCUAAAGAGAACAUGUUCAGCUUUCAGACAGCCACCACCACCAUGCAGGCAAUAUCAAAUUUCCGUAAACAACUGAGGAUGGUUGGCAGCCGUCGGAUGAAGGUCCAGACCUUUGCUGAACGUCGAGCCAAGAGCUUCAGCCGCUCCUGGAGCGACCCCACCCCUGUCAAACCUGACUCCCUGCACGACUCCAGAGACAGUGGUGAUCUUCAGAGCUCCUCUGGUACCCUGGAUGAAGGCCUGGAUGAGGUUGAUGAUGAUGCUGAGUGGGAGGAGGAGAGAGAGCAGGAGAGGACAGCUUGUGAGGGAGAAGACUUUGUUCCACCCAAAAUCAUGUUAAUUUCCUCCAAAGUCCCUAAGGCGGAAUAUGUUCCUAACAUCAUCCGCAGGAAUGACCCCUCCAUUAUUCCCAUUCUUUAUGAUCACGAACACGCCACCUUCGAUGACAUCCUUGACGAGAUCGAGAAAAAACUGAAUGCCUAUAGGAAAGGCUGCAGAAUCUGGAACAUGCUCAUUUUCUGCCAGGGAGGACCAGGACAUCUGUACCUGCUGAAGAAUAAAGUGGCAACUUUUGCCAAAGUAGAGAAGGAAGAAGAUAUGAUCCAAUUCUGGCGUCGUCUAAGCAGACUGAUGAGUAAAGUGAACCCAGAACCAAAUCUGAUCCACAUCAUGGGCUGUUAUGUGCUGGGCAGUGCAAAUGGAGAAAAGCUGAUAGAGACUCUGAAGAGGCUGAUGAGACCUUCGUCAGUGGAAUUCAAGUCUCCGCUGGAACUCUCUGCACAAGGCAAAGAGAUGAUCGAGACAUACUUUGAUUUCCGCCUGUUCCGCCUCUGGAAAAGUCGUCAGCACUCCAAGCUGCUGGACUAUGAGGACCUGCUGUGACCUCCUCUGUUGUCUUACCAUUGGCCUGUUGGUCGGUCAUCUCCUGCCUAAACCAACUGUUGUUUUUUUAAACGACGUGGUGUUUUUGGCUCUAGGCUAAACUCAUUAGCUGUGAAGCAGUAAUGGUGAGUUUGGAGCAGCAGCAGCAGCCGCAGCUGCAUCUGCAGCUGCAGCAUCAUGCUGAUUUUCCUCCUGCAGACUGAGCCAGUGGUGAACUCUUUUGGCUUUGUCUCUUUCCACUCUGUCCAUCUUCUGAGAAAAGAUGAAGAAUAAGGACAUGAAGACCGGAGGAGCAGCAGAGAACUCAUCAUAUUUGUCCUAGAUGUGUCUGAGAUCUAGCCUUAGAAUCAGGUUCAGACGAGUUCUCGGCUGAAUACGAGACUUUCACGGCUCUAGCUGGAGUCUGGCUGAGAAGAGAUGUUUAUUAAUGUGAGAUUUGAGUCACUUCUCUGUCUGCCAUUUCUGGAGGGCAAUUCAAACAGGAUGGGAGCGUUUUUCCUGUCACCCGUGGAGGCUUUUAGAGAUUAUGUGUAAAUAAAGUUUACUUAGUUAAACAUUAGAGAAAAUCUUUCCAGAAUUCUCUAUCUUACUCUUGAUAUUGAAUUAAUCUAAUUAACAGAAAUAGAUCUAUUUAAAGCUCUUUUAAGACCAUGUUUAUUCUUCUAGUCUUAUUUCAUACAGACUGUUGUAUGAACUCAGGUGAUUCUUUCUCCUCUAAUUCUCUGAAUUUUAACUGGAUUAGGAUUAUUACAGAUUUGUCAGGGAUGUCACACCACUUCAACAUUUCCAUUGGUUUUAAAUUACGCCCGUACAUCCUGAUGAUGAGCAGGUUCUUCGUGUUAACUGCCUGACCACUUUUGGGUCCAUCCCAGUUAUUCUUGUAGCAUUUAUUUCUGCCUUUCUCUUAGAUGGAGGCAAAAUGAGAAAUUUGAGAUUUAAAUAAAUUGUCAGUGACAUGCAGGAACAAUAAUGUAGUUAAACCUUUAUUGAUUUGUACUUUUUGGUACUGGGCGUUUAGGAAUUUGAAUGUAAAAAGAACAACUAGAACAUGUCUGUUUUAGGUCAAACUACAUUAGAACAUUGUGGUGUUAUUCCUAUCAAGUCACAGUACAGCCAGAGAGUUGACACCUCUGCCUAUUAUCACGUUGUGAUAAUAUUAUCAUAUUGUGUUCUUAACCGACAUCAGUGAACUCUUUGAAACACAGUACUUGAUGUGACAACACAGAGAUAGUCUGCGUGUCUUUUCAAUAACAACAUUUAUUUAGGGCUUUUUAGGUCAUAGUAGUGAAUUGAUGUGAGUCGUCAAAGAGUCACGCAGCAAAAUGGAAUCCUCUGUAGGAGCAAAGUCAUACAGUGUGUUUUACUCUGUCUAAGCCAUAGAAUCAGGAUUUAUUUGUGCUGUAACAAAUAGAAAACAGAGUAAAUUCUUAACCUGUAUUUAAUGUAAGCCAUUCAGUUUUUAAUACCUUUGUAUCAGAGUUAAUUUUGACAUAGCUUUGUUAUAUUGAUAUUGACUGAUACAGUUAAUCAUGAUGUACUAGCUACACACUGUAUCUGUCUGAUUUAAACUAACCAUAAAGCUAGUGGAGCUUUGUGUAUAGUGUAUUUUAUUUAGAGUCACUACACUGUAGCUGGUUUAAGCCAAACUGCCUUUUUGUACAGUGUCUGAACUGACAGGUAGAAUAGAAUGAGUUAGAGAAAAAGACUAGAAAACAUCAGCUUAAAGUUUCAUUGUCUCCUAGUGGUUGAAGAGUAGACUGCAGAUUAAUGAAUGUAAUCAAUAGGUAUGAAAGCCAUGACAAAAAUGUAGCAAAGAACUAAGAGCUGUCCUCCAGAUUCUACUGUUUAUAAAGUGACAUCAUUAAUAGUGUGAAUAAUGUUUAGAGGAAAAUUACUUGUACGUAUCAAACACUGGAUGGACAGAUAAAAUGUAUUUAUCAUGAAGCAUUUCUUCUUCAUUUAUCCACAUAUGUCUGACUAGUGGUUACACAGGAUCUCUCCACUAUUAAAUCUCAUUAUUUAUGCUUCGUACUUACUGGACCAUGUGACUCUGGACGAUAGAAAAGAUCCAAACUUUUUUUUUAAACUGUAUGUCAACUGAUUAUUAUAAAUAAAAUAAAGUAGAUAAUGAACUGAAGUAGACAAAGGAAAAUGAAUUAACAUUAGCUUGGCUUAGCUUAGCAACAUUUAUCCUGUUUAUUCUCCAUAUAAAACCUGUGUGUAUCAUUGAAAGUGAAUUGUUAUCUGUCUUGAUGUUCAAUGAUGUUCAUUCUCUAACCAUGUUAUACUGAUCAUUAUUUGUGAAAUAUCAGAGUUUGUCAAAUUAAUUUGGAUAACGUGUGUUCUAUCCUUGUGAACAGCUGCAAAGACCUGGCUUCCUGUCACUCAAAAUGUAGAUUAUUUUAUUUAAAAUAAUCAUUUAAUUUAGUAAGAUUCUGAAGCUACAAGUAUAUUUUAACUAUUGGAACAAAUACAAAUAAGUACAGACAGUAGAAGGAAAAAGUAAACUUACAACACAUGGAGUUAUAGACAUUGUUUGUAUUUAUUGUAAUUAGAACUAAUACCAGGUUAUGUGGUUUGUUUCUUCCAUAAGAACUAAGUAGAUUUUUAAAUUGUACCAGGAACUACACAUAGUUACAGUGAAAGGUUUAUUUUAACUGUACAACCUAGUAGAACAAAAAAGCCAAAAGAAAAAGAAGAAGAACAUAGAGUUUUGGUCAGAGCGGAGAAUAGCGCCCCGAAAAGUUGUCAGAAAUGGCCAUGGCUUCUUACCACAACCAUUCAUCAAAAAUACUUAACACUUAACCCCUGAACUGAGCAUGAAAAUAGCAUGAAUACUUUCAUGCUCAGUUUUACUCAGUGAUUCCAUCUUUUACAGUAGUGGCUCUGUGGAUGAUUCACAGAGUGAACAGGGUUUGUGGUACAGAAGAGUGCAGCAGUGGCUUUGCUGCUUUAUAUUCUGAAUGGGUCCAGUUUUACAACACUAACAACUGAUGCAGCUCCGUCACAGCUCAGUCAAUCCCUGACUAAAGCUAAUCAUCCCACGCCAAUUCAGAAGUUGUAAAUGGACGUGGAGUCGAUAUAUUUAAUCCUGCUGCUGCUUUGUGGAAUUCAGCAGCAGCCUGUGUUACACUGGGUCGUGUCAUAAGAACACACAGAUCCAUACUUUCUCCUUUAGCCUGUUCAGCUGACACUCACUGCCACGACUAAAAAAAUGCUAACACACACAUACAAAUUUAUCAUCAUAGUUAUAAUGGUGUAUUACAUAAUACUAAAGCCAAAUUGAUUGAUUGCACAGCCUGACUACAGAGGUAUGGACAAAGUUGGAGUGGCAGAAAAGUAUGUGAGGUUUGUGCAGGACAUGAAUAAGGCCAGUGAGACAGCAGUUGGUAGGUAGGGGUGGGGGAUACAAAGAUCAACUCGGAGCCUAAUUUUAGGGGGUGACAGGUUGACAGGUCAAAUACUUUAAGAAAAUACGAUAAUAACAUACUGCUUCAGCCUAGUUUAUAUUAUUUGUAAUUUUUGUCAAAUCUGACUGUCUGUAUUUAUUGUGAUUGUUUUACGUCUAUUUCACCUGUAACUAAGUAAUGGUGUUUAAGGGCUUAGUAUUUAGUAAAGCUCUAUAUAAAGUGUUCCUCCUAUUACUAGCCUCUAAUGAAAGCGUUACACAGUCAAGCUUUUUGUCAUGAAGUUCAAAGCAAACAGGCAGCACAGUUUGACCUGACUAGAAAACUUAAUAAAUGUUCUAUUUGUUGAGAACCAUUAAACAAGU